AUGUCAUGCAUUUUAUGAAUUCGCAAUGAUCUAAUGGUCGGUAAAGAAUCAUGUUUAUCAAAUAUAUUCGUGUAUGAUAAAGUGUCACCGGUUUAUAAAACCAGUGAUGAAACGGUCAGCGCGCGUGAUGUGAUCAUCCAGAGCCUCUGUGCGCGCUCAUCACGUGCUUCAGCUCAGUGCAUCCAGUCCAGCCGCUCCGAGCAGAAGAAACUGUCUCACCUCACAGGAAAGGCUCGUGAAAAACCUACAAGAUUGACGUCAAAAAGAUUAAACUAUUCGGACGCGUCGAGCUGAACGCGAAGGAAUCGGAUGUGAGUGAGUGGAACUGUUUGGAAACACCUCCAGGACCAAGUGCCUUUCCUCGUCUCCGGCAGCCCGUGGGAAGUUUCUUUCCAUGUGAAAACCCUCUGACACAUAUGAUCUGCUCCGUACGCACUCAUUCUGGACCACCGGGGACACUUACAUAUCCAUAGAUUGUGUAACAACCACGAGAAGACGAGACCGGAUCGCGCAUUCGUAUAUGAACUGUGAGAUCUGGAGUGCAUGCAUAAAUGCCAAGAAACUGCAUUAGAGAGACAUCACCCAAAGAAAACGAGAUCUUUUUGUGGAAAAUGGACCCACCGAAUAAGGAGAGAAGGUCACCGGAGAAUGGCCCCAGCUCGGCUCGGCCCUGUUGCUCAAGCCUCAAGAUGUUUGUUGUUGGUUUGUUUUUUGUUUGCUUAGUUAGGGAAUUAUUUGUGAGGUAUAUGUAUGGAACAAUAACUCAGCUGGAAAGACGCUUCGACAUCCCCAGUUACUUAAUAGGUGUCAUUGAUGGCAGCUUUGAAAUAGGUAACUUGUUGGUGAUCGCCUUCGUAAGUUACUUUGGUGCCAAACUUCACCGUCCGAAGAUCAUCGCCAUCGGCUGCCUGUUGAUGUCACUUGGGACUUUUCUAAUUGCUUUGCCGCAUUUUAUAAUCGGACGCUACAAGUUUGAAACAUCGAUUCGAUCGUCAGUGAACUCGAGCAGUAACCUCUCUCCAUGUCCAGUGGGUUCUGGCGUUCUGGCCACGGCUCCCAGCACUACUGCAGGACCCAGCUCAGGUUGCGAACACGAGUCCAGGUUGUCCAUGUGGAUCUAUGUUUUCCUAGGGAAUAUCUUGCGAGGAAUCGGCGAGACCCCAGUGCAGCCUUUGGGAAUCUCGUACAUCGAUGAUCACGCUCUGGAGGAGAACGCAGCCUUCUACAUCGGAUGCGUCCAGACGAUAUCAGUCAUCGGUCCGGUGUUUGGCUACCUGCUGGGGUCCGUUUGUGCCAAGAUAUACGUGGACAUUGGAUUUGUCAACAUGGAGAGCAUUAGCAUCACCCCGGGAGAUGCACGCUGGGUAGGCGCCUGGUGGCUGGGAUACCUUAUUGCAGGACUCAUCACCCUGCUCUCGGCGGUGCCGUUUUGGUUCUUGCCCAAGUCUUUGCCCCUGCCAGAGAGACGGCUUGCCAAGUAUUCUCCAGAGCGGACCAGCUUCAUCAAAGACUCGCCCCUGCUGGAGCACAAGUACCAGGCAGACGAGCCAGCAAACUUCCUAGAAAUGGCCAAAGACUUUUUGCCAACGCUGAGAUCCCUUUUGGGGAACCCAGUCUACUUCUUGUAUCUCUGCAUCACCAUCAUCCAGUUCAACUCUUUGAUCGGUAUGGUGACAUACAAGCCAAAAUACAUCGAGCAACAUUACGGACAGUCAGCGUCCAAAGCCAACUUCUUAAUGGGAGUCAUCAACAUCCCAGCCGUGGCCUUGGGAAUGUUCUCGGGGGGUGUGAUCAUGAAGAAGUUCAAGCUGAGCAUCAUGGGAGCAGCCAAGUUUGCACUGGGAACGUCUCUCCUGGGCUACUUCCUGUCGCUUUUCUUCUUCACCAUGGGAUGUGAGAAUGCCAGUGUGGCCGGCAUCACCAGGUCAUACAAUGGGACGGAAAGUCUGUACAAAGAAGACAAAUAUCUCUUGGCGUCCUGCAACACAAUCUGUGACUGUCCCAGAAGAAACUGGGACCCCGUGUGCGGUGAGAACGGCCUCACCUACAUCUCCCCCUGCCUGGCUGGAUGCCGGACGUCCCACGGCUCUGGAAUGGACACGGUGUUCGAGCAGUGCAGUUGUGUAGCAGUCGGGAAUCAUACGGCCAGUGUGGGCCAAUGCAACAACAGAGACAGCUGCCAUCGAGUCUUCCCCUACUUCCUGGCUCUGUCUGUCAUCACUUCCUUUAUCAUCUCGCUGGGCGGAACGCCAGGAUACAUGCUGCUCAUCAGAUGCAUCAGACCUCAGCUGAAGUCUUUAGCUUUGGGUUUUCACACUUUGACGACACGCACUCUAGCUGGAAUUCCAGCUCCUAUAUACUUCGGAGCCAUCAUAGACACCACCUGUCUGAAAUGGGGUCAGAAGAAAUGCGGUGGGAGAGGAGCCUGUCGAAUCUACAACACUACUGCCUACAGGAUAGCAUAUCUGGGCCUGACGCUGGGCUUACGGACCGCUUCCUUCUUCCUGUGCUUUCUCGGUCUGGUGGUGUUACGACGGCACGUUCAGCGGCAAGAGCGCAACACGCUGGCAAACGGAGGCACGGGGGCCGCGGCCGGCGAACUGCAGGCCCUCAGGAAAGAAGAAAACAACAGCUGUAACUCGGACCAAUGCCCACAGACCGCAGAUUAUGACCCGGAGCGGGAGACGCGUCUGUGACGCCUGCGCAGGGAGCAACAGGGCCGUGACGCGCCAUCUGUUCCACACUUUCUAUCAGACUCGUGUAAAUGAUGUGAAAUAAGUUGUUUUUGAUAUAGUAGAUUUAUUUCUUGAAUGUACGUGAUGUUUUGGGUAAAAAAAAAGAAGAAGAAGAAUGUCUUACAAACUACCUAACUCAUUUGGAUUUAACAUAAAGAUGCUUUUAGAAGCGUCAGACGCCCAACUAUAUUGGAUUUCCUCUCAUUUAAGCCAUCGUUGUGCACAGGCCCUGUAAGGAUAACACCUUGUGGGCACAUGAUCACGUCCGUCGAAUCUCUCUCUUCUGCCAUACACACAGAUAGAUGCCUGAAACAGUUGACCAUGACACUGUGUGCUUAAUAUACGUAGGCCUUGUUAAGCGGGUUACAGGUUGACUAUGUUGUUGGAUAUCUCCAAUUGCGUCCCAUUUGUGUUGUCAUGAAGGAACGAAACGCUCACCAUUGUGCUUUUCAGUGUCACCUGACAGCAGUUCCUUCUGUUUAAGAAACGAGCGAGGAACGGGCCAGAACUUUGAGAACGCCGUGGGUAAGUAAUCAUCUUCAUGAUCGAUGUUGUGCAAUGUCACUGUGAGAAAUGUUGUGUGUCGUUACGUGUGAACGGGUGCAUUCCUGUGCCAAACAAAAAAACAAACAAACAAAAAAAAAAGUGCAAGAAGGCAAAGUCAACAUGGUCUAUUCUCAGGUCAUUCAAUCAAUUGUUCCUCAAAUUUGCAAAUAAUUAUUCUUUUAUAUACUUGUAUAAAUCGUUGUCUGGUUUUAGCUGGCGAAAAUGUUCCUUUGUCCUCGGCAAGAUUUGCUUAUUUCGGGCAACUGUCUUUUACCAGUAACAACCGAGCGAAGGGUUUUUAUUUGUGAAUUGUAAAGCAAAUAAAACAAGUGGCAUUUAUUACUUGCUUUUACGUUAGGGAGUACAGAAUUUUAUUUGCUGAUGUUUUUGUUUUUUUUGUAUUCUUCAAAGUGAUGUGUAAAAAAUGCAUUUAUGUGAAAUAUUAGAUACAUUCUUUUUAAAAUAAAAUGAAUGAUUUGCUACAUUUCGUGAAAAAAGAUCCACAAUCGCUUCGCUUUAAUCGUGAAAA